AUGUAUACAAAUUACAAACAGAGCUCAGAGGCAGGUGUUAUCACAGGCCAGUCAAAGUCCAGAACAUUUGUAUCCUUCUCCAUCAAUGGAAAAGCCUAUCAAGUCAGUGGUGAACACAGCCUAGACACUCCUCUGGCAGUUUUUAUUCGUGAUGUAGCAGGCUUAAAGGGAACAAAGAUCUCAUGUCGAGAGGGAGGCUGUGGUGUUUGUAUUGUUUCUGCUAAGAAGUAUGACCCAACCACCAAGAAGUGUAUUACCAUUUCUAUAAAUUCGUGUUUGUGCCCUGUGUAUUCCUGUGAUGGCAUGGAAAUCACCACAGUGGAGGGACUGGGGGAUAAGACCAAUGGCUAUCACCCCAUCCAAGCCAGACUGGCAGAUUACAAUGGAACCCAGUGUGGCUUCUGCAGUCCUGGCAUGGUCAUGAACAUGUACAGCUUAUUGAAUGAAAACCCGAAACCUAGCAGUAAGGAAGUGGAGGACAACUAUGAUGGCAACAUUUGCAGAUGUACAGGGUAUCGCCCUAUAAUGGAUGCCAUGAAGUCAUUUUCUACAGACGCUCCAACUUCUACUACUCUACCAUGUGGAGUAAUUGAUUUGGAGGACCUUGGUGCCAGGUGCUGUGGCAGUGGCCAGGCUGGGUGUAAUGGUGUCUGUAGAAAUAAAGUGCCAGGCUGUGUGGACUUGGGGCAAAUAGAGAUAACUGUGGGGGACAAGUGUUGGGUGAGGCCCACCAGUUUGGCAGAUACAUUCACCAUCAUGAAUACUAUGCUAGCACAGGGGAAAACUGUCAGACCUUUCCUGGGAAACACUUCUGUGGGCAUAUUCAAAGAUGAUGGUCCAUUUGAUGUUUAUAUUGACCUGAAAGGUGUGGAAGAGCUCUACAACAUCUCGCAAACCAAAUCAGUGACCUUUGGUUCUAAUGUGAGCUUGUCUGCAGUGAAGGAACUGGUGCAAAAGUUGUCCAUACAGCCUGGUUAUGGCUACUGCAAAGGUUUGCUGCACCAUCUGGAUCUGGUGGCCAGUAAAUCUGUCAGAGAUUGUGGAAGCUGGGCUGGUAAUGUGAUGAUGAAGCAAAAGCAUCCAGAUUUCCUUUCUGAUGUCUUUGUCAUCUUGCAAACUGCAGGAGGUGUUCUCAGCAUUGGUGACGGCAGUAAGGUGAAGACAGUGAGUCCUGUGGAGUUACUGAAGGAGGACAUGGAUGGCAAGUUGUUGUUGAGUUGUGAGCUGCCUCCAAGAGAUGACAGCUACUUUGUGCACUCAUACAAAGCAAUGCCAAGGUCAAGGUUUUCCCAUGCUUAUGUGAAUGCAGGUUUCAUCAUGAAGGUUGAUACUGCUAACAAUUAUACAGUGGUUGAGAAGCCAAUGGUGAUUUUUGGAGGCUUUGGUGCUCAUUUGAACAGAGCAGAUCAAUUGGAAACAUAUCUUAAUGGAAAGAGCCUGCUUGAUCCAAAUGUGUUGACAGGAGCUCUGUCUGUCAUUGAGAAAGAAACCCAAUCCACUGCAGACUAUGUGUCAGCAAGUCCAAAAUGUAGAACUGAACUGGCCCAGGCUUUUUUCUAUAAGUUCCUUCUCAAAGUAUGUGAAAACAAGAUACCAGCCAACCUGAAGAGUGGGAUGGCCAACCUUGACCGUGCACUCUCUGAGGGUCAGAGGAAGUUCCCAACUGACCAACAAAGCUGGCCUGUGAACCAACCAUUAAUGAACACACAUGGCAAGACACAAACUUCAGGUGAGGCAGAGUAUGUGAAUGACAUACCCACUAUGCCAGGGGAGCUCCAUGCAGCCUUGGUCAUAGCUGGAGUGGGGAAUGCCAAGCUGGACAGCAUGGAUGCCACAGAGGCAUUGAAAAUGCCAGGAGUUGUGAAGUUCAUUACAGCAAAAGACAUUCCUGGAGUGAACAGCAUUGCCCCCAAAAUAAUGGAACCUGAAGAGUGUUUGGUGUCUGAAGACAUCUUGUAUGCAGGACAGCCUGUGGGAAUAAUUGUUGCAGAAUCACAGCUUAUUGCUGAUGCUGCAGUCAAGGCAGUGAAGAUUACAUACAAGGAUAAAAAGACCCCAAUUCUGACCUUUGAAGAUGCCAUCAAGCACAAAUCCUUCUACAAGGACCCAGAAAAUGAAAUCACCAUUGGAGAUACAAAAGCUGCUCUGGCCACUGCCCACAAGGUCAUCAAAGGAAACAUUGAAGUGGCCACCCAGGCACACUUCCCUAUGGAGACACAUAUCUGCCUGACAGUUCCCAAAGAAGAUGGCUACAAUGUCUACGCUGCUACACAGUGGAUGGACUUCGCACAAAAUGCAGUAGCACAGGUGUUGGGGGUGCCUUGUAACGAUGUUAAUAUGGAAGUGAGAAGACUGGGUGGUGCUUACGGUGCAAAAAUUUCUAGAAGCUUCCAUACAGCCUCAGCCAGUGCCCUUGCUGCACACCUGUUACAAAGACCUGUCCGCCUGUUAAUGACUAUGAACACAAUGUUGGAGUCCUGUGGCAAAAGGUUCCCCUACUAUGCUGAGUAUGAGGUUGGAGUGAGUGCAGAAGGCAAGCUACUGGCUGUAGAUGCUAAGAUCUAUGGUGAUUGUGGUUCCAAUCGCAAUGAUUCCACCAUCAAGCAUACCAUGGGGGUCAUGGACAAUGCUUACCAGUGUGAUAACUGGCACACAUAUGGAGUGACUGUAAAGACCAACACACCACCCAACACUUACUGUAGAACUCCAGGCUAUACACCAGCCAUAUUCAUCAUGGAGAGCAUCAUAGAACAUGUGGCCAAGGCACUGAACAAGGAUCCAGUGGAAAUCCGUAAACUCAAUUUGUACAAGGAAGGAGAGACUACUCUACGCAAAGAGGUUCUGCAGUAUUGUAGUGUGUCCAAAGUCUAUGACCAGCUGCUGAAGUCAGCAGAUGUGCAGGCCAGGGCACAGAAAGUGGCUGACUUCAAUAAGAACAACCGUUGGAAGAAGCGUGGCAUGUGUGUUAUGCCCAUGAAGAAUGCUGUGUCCUGGAACUGGUAUAUGGGCAAUGCAUUGGUCAAUAUCUUCAACCAUGAUGGCACAGUGGCUAUUGCACAUGGUGGUAUAGAGAUGGGACAAGGUAUCAACACCAAGGUAAUUCAAGUAGCAGCACAUACCUUGGGCGUCCCAAUAGAGUUGGUUAAGUGCAAGCCAAACAGCUCCAUGUGUAAUGCCAACAAUAUUGCAACGGGUGGGAGCAUCACCAGUGAAAUGUCCUGCAAGGCUGUGUAUGAGUGCUGCAAGACAUUGAAAGAAAGGUUGGAACCAAUCCAGCAAAACCUGCCACCUGACACUCCAUGGCCACAGAUAAUCCAAGCAGCAUUUUGGCAAAAGGUGGAUCUGUCAGCCAGAUAUUACGUUGCUCCCCGCGGCUCUGGGCCUGAUUACUUUGUGUAUGCUGCUGCAUGCAGUGAGGUGGAACUGGAUGUUCUAACUGGAGAAACAGUGGCACUGAGAACAGAUAUUUUGUAUGACUGUGGAAAAAGUCUUAGCCCAGAGAUUGACAUUGGUCAGAUAGAAGGAUCUUUUGUGAUGGGUUUGGGCUACUGGAUGACAGAAAAGACCAGAUUCAACCUGGAGACUGGAAGAAACAUCACUCAUGGAACAUGGGAAUACAAGGUGCCCCUGGCUAAAGACAUCCCCAGGGAUUUCAGAGUGGAACUUCUUGAUGAAGCACCUAAACCAGUAGGGUUCAUGGGAUCUAAAACUGCUGGAGAGCCACCACUUGUUCUCAGUAUGUCUGUACUGUUUGCUGCCAAACAUGCUGUGCAGGCUGCCAGAGCAGACAUUGGGAAAGACAAAGAAUACUUUGCUUUGAAUGGCCCUGCAACUGCAGAGGCCCUGCAGCAAGCCUGCCUUGUGGAGCCCAAACACCUGACCUUGAAAGCCUAAAGACACAAGAGGCU